AACGUAACUAACUAAUAUACAGACACAUCCUCUCUCUCUCUCUCUCUCUCGUGUUCCAACAAACAUGGCCUGAAAACCAUGCACGAGCUAAGCAACAAAUUAAGGCAAAGCAGAUUCGCGAUUCGCAUUGGCCGUAGCGGUUAAUUUCCCUUGCGAAGAUGGGAUUCAUGAGCGGCAUGUUCAUCGGUAUCGCCAUUGGUAUUGGUUUGAUCGUUGCUUUCGCUCGUCACGAAAGCGUCCGAUCCAAGCGUCGCAAAGAUUUGGCGAAGACGAUAGCAGAGUUUGCGAGAAUGACGGUGGAAGAUUCCAGAAAACUUCUGCCUCCUAAUUUCUAUCCGUCUUGGGUGGUCUUCACUCGGAGACAGAAGUUAAAUUGGUUUAAUAGCUUACUCAAUAAGAUUUGGCCGUACGUUAAUGAGGCAGCGUCGGAGUUGAUAAAAAGCAAUGUGGAACCCAUUCUUGAAGAAUAUAAACCCGUUAUUUUGUCUUCUCUCACCUUCUCCAAGUUGACCCUUGGCACUGUGGCUCCACAAUUUACAGGAGUUACAAUUGUUGAAGAGGACAGUGGAGCUGGUGGGGUGACCAUGGAUCUGGAGAUGCAGUGGGAUGGUAACCCGAAUAUCGUCCUUGACAUUAAAACAAAAGUUGGUGUUAAACUUCCUGUACAGGUAAAAAAUAUUGGAUUCACUGGGGUUUUCAGGUUGAUCUUCAAACCACUAGUGAAUGAGUUCCCUGCUUUUGGAGCUAUUUGUUUUUCCUUGAAAGAAAAGAAAGAUCUGGAUUUUACUCUUAAGGUUGUUGGUGGCGAUCUAUCAUCUUUACCGGGGGUAUCUGAUGCUAUAGAGGAAACAAUUAGAGACGCCAUUGAAGACUCUAUAACUUGGCCAGUACGCCAAAUUAUACCAAUUUUACCGGGAGAUUACAGUAAUCUAGAGUUGAAACCGGUUGGAAUACUAGAAGUAAAACUAGUGCAAGCAAAGAACUUAUCAAAUAAAGAUGUGAUUGGGAAAUCCGAUCCUUAUGCUGUUGUAUUUGUACGCCCGCUUCGUGACAGAACCAAAACCAGUAAAAUAAUCAACAACCAGUUGAAUCCAAUAUGGAAUGAGAACUUUGAGUUCAUUAUUGAAGAUGCGUCAACGCAACACUUGACCGUAAGAAUUUUCGAUGAUGAAGGCAUUCAGGCUUCUGAGCUUAUUGGCUGUGCCCAAGUUUCGCUGAAGGAUCUUGAACCUGGUAAAGUCAAGGAUGUAUGGCUUCACUUGGUUAAGGAUUUGGCGGUCCAUAGAGAUAACAAGUACAGGGGUGAGGUGCACUUGGAGCUCUUGUACUGCCCAUUUGGAGUCGAAAACAGCAUUAAGAACCCUUUUGACCCUGAUUUCUCAUUAACCUCGUUCGAGAAGACCCUCAAGAGUGGACCUGGUGACGCAGAGGCUGAGGAUACAAGGACACGUAGGAGAAGCAACGUGAUUAUAAGAGGGGUUCUGUCCGUGACAGUGAUUUCAGCUGAAGACUUGCCAGUAGUGGACUUAAUGGGAAAGGCUGAUCCAUUUGUUGUCCUUAUGUUGAAAAAAACUGAUAAAAAGCUCAAGACCAGAGUUGUAAAUGAAUCCCUAAACCCAGUUUGGAAUCAAACAUUUGAUUUUGUUGUGGAGGAUGGCUUACACGAAAUGUUAAUUCUUGAAGUCUACGAUCACGACACGUUUGGCAAGGAAAAAAUUGGAAGAGUGAUCUUGACUCUGACUAAGGUCAUCUUAGAAGGGGAAUACAGUGAAACCUUUCCCCUAGAUGGAGCUAAAUCUGGAAACAUUUCUUUGCAUUUGAAGUGGGCUGCACAGCACAAGUUCCGGGAUCCUUAGAGGUCUAUUUUACGUAUUUAUUUUAGUUUAUAUUUCAAUACAUUAUAAUUAUUUUGUUGAUUUAGAUUUGGCAAACUUCAGUUUUUCAUUGAUCCGUAGCCUCAAAUGGAGAAAAUGAGUAUGUAUCAACAAAGAAAAGCAUUACAUUCCAGUGUAAAUAUUGGCCAUUCAUAUUAUAUUACAUUAUUUUUGUUUUCUUAAAAAAA